CUUUCGAGCCGUGGGCGGGGUCACGAAUUACUCAAAGAUGGGGGAUCUUUCUAUAUAAGCGGGGAUUGAAAGACAGUAUCAACGGAUUUCCCGGCGGUAUCUGAACGUUUUGCGCGUUAUCGUACUCUGGCCGUGAAUUUCUUAUCAUCCAAGCAUUCUCGGGCUCCACCAGCGGCUGAUAUCGUUUAGGGUUGAGAUUCUUCGUCGUUCAUAAACGGGAGUGUCCGACUGAACUCCAGGGGGCGAUGGUUACAUAUUCAGCUGUCCCUGGUAUACUUGAAAGAAUAAACCUGUCGCAGAAAAUUCUCUUUGGACUUCAAGUUCAAGAUGGCAUUCAUCAAGCGGGUCAAAGAUUAUAUACAUCAGCCCUAUGAACAUCCCGGGGAGGGAAAGCUUGUCAGAAAGCUUGAUUUCUUUAUCUUGACGUUUUGCUGUUUGAUGUACUUCUGUAAUUACCUGGAUCGGUCCAACCUUGCCAAUGCAUACGUCAGUGGCGUGAAGGAGGAGUUAGAUUUCGUGGGUAACGAGUACAACGUUAUCAACACAGUGUUUACAGUUGGGUAUGCUUGCUUUCUAUCUUCUUCUCGAGUAGAACAUAUAUUCCUGGGUUUUCAGCUUCUCUUCAUCAUUGCUGCCGAUCCCUUUCCAGCUGCUACCUUCAGUAUCUUGCGUCCCUUGACUGUGACCAUAUACUGACUGUGUCUAGAUAUAUCAUCGGCCAAGUGCCCAGCAAUCUUGCACUCUAUCAUCUCAAACCCCGCAUCUUCUUCCCCAGCAUGAUGCUUGUCUGGGGUGCUCUGACCAUGGUGACCGCCGCUGCAAAAACCCCUCAGCACAUCAUGGCGAUCCGUUUUUUCCAAGGUAUUGCCGAGUCAUCUACUUUCGUCGGCACUCAUUAUAUUCUUGGGUCAUGGUACACAGGACGGGAACUCGGAAAGCGAAGUGGUAUCUUUACAUCUUCUGGGCUCGCAGGGACUAUGUUUGGAGGGUUCUUACAGACUGCAAUCAACUCUUCGCUUCAUGGCGCCCAAGGGAUGGCAGGUUGGAGGUGGCUUUUCAUCAUCGAUGGAAUAAUCACGAUUCCAGUCGCGAUAUACGGCCUCUUCCUCUUCCCAGACACACCCUCGACAACAUCAGCAUUCUACCUCACAUCUGCCGAGCGCGCGUUGGCCAUCGCUCGAGUUCCAGAAGUCCCUGAGAGAGCGCCAUGGAACUUCGCAUUUGUCAAGAGGGUGUUCACGUCCUGGUACUGGUAUGGCUUCGUCAUGCUCUGGAUCAUUGCCGGCGAGACGGAAUCUUUCUCUUCAAACUCCCUGCUGGCCAUCUACAUGAAAUCAACGAAGAAGUACACCAUUGCCCAGCUGAACAAUUAUCCCACUGGUGUACCAGCUGUUGGUAUCGUGUCAACACUCUUCUGGGCCACUCUCACCGAUUUCCUCGGUGGCAAGCGAUACUUGGUGGGAUAUUGGAUUGGUGUCACCGGUGUUGUUACUGCAGCAAUGAUCUUGAAUCCUAGUGCCAGUGUUUCCAGUAUCUUCGGAGCGUACUACUGGGCAGGCAGCGUUUACGCUUGCCAAGCUACAUUCUUCGCCUGGGCAAACGACGCCAUGAGGUAUGAGGAGGACAGUUUGCGGGCUGUGGUCAUCGCGAGCAUGAAUUGCGGGAGCAAUGCUGUCAAUGCCUGGUGGUCUCUGUUAUUCUACUCUGCGAACUUUGCACCUAAAUUCACGAAAGGUAUGUGGGCAAUGAUUGGGACGUCGAUUGCGUUGGCUAUCUGGACGACUGGGCUUCUGUAUAUGACGACGAGGACGGAGAAGAAGAGGCGUCUAGAGGCGGAGGUACGAGUCACGGAUGACAAGAACUUUGACGCUGAGGGUACAGUUGGAGAUGGCAAAGUGUGAUGCUGUGAAGCUUUUAAAACUUCUGGAAUCUCAUAAUCAAGCUCUUCCAUUGUCUUCUGCAGAUAUGAGGACAUGUACAUACCCCCUUGGAAAUAGCUAAAUCCCAGUAUCCAAGGCCGGACACCUCAAGCACGUGGAGAAGAAAUUGAUUGACAAAUAUUUCUGGUUUCGAGAUAUAAAGUUAUAUCAAUGUCCUUUACACAAUGCAAAAUAUUCAAAUCCACGAUUCCAAGUAUGAGGAUCCGGGAUCCUAGGUC